AAGAAAAAAGGGAGAAAGAAAGAAAGAAAGAAAACAUCUUUGAGUUUUUAUAGCUCUCUUGUGAGAUUGACAGGCAGAUCCCCACCGAAAUAAAUUAUUAAAUUCACCACGCCCUCCAUCUUUUCUCAUAUAACCCAUAGAUUUCACCCAUUCUUUUUAAAGUUUUUAGUAGUGUUGAUAAAUUGAUAAGUAUAUUUUUUAUUUCUCAGCUGUAAUUGCCCCCCAAGAGGGCAAAACCCCCUCCCAAAAACAAAGUCCCUUCCCAUUGCUGCUAAACAAGCUCUUCUUCAAUCACUGCUCUCUCUUCCUCCUCCCUCUCUCUUUCAUCUUCAUUUUUUCCCCUUUUUUUCUUUUUUUUUUUCCCCCUUUCUUCAAAAUCUUGUAGCUAUUCAAUUUUCUUCCAAUCAUUUUUCUUUCCUUCAUUAUUAUUCUUUUUUUUUCUUUUUGAUGAUGUUGGGAAAUCCCUCUACUGCUGGGCAGCAGCAGCAGCUGAUAUCUCCCAGCAGCAACAACAACAACAAUAAUUCAGCUGAGGCAGCUGCCGCCGCGGCGGCGUUGGCGGCGGAAGCAGCUCACGACAGCGGCGGAGGCGACAGCGGCGGCGAACUCGGGGGCGGUGGCGGAACAAUCCAAAGUAGUGGCGGAUUUAGUGAAGACGACAAGGGCAGACUUGAUGACCUGAUUGGGGAGAGAGGCUCCGGCGGAAACCGGUGGCCGAGACAAGAAACAUUGGCCUUAUUGAAAAUAAGGUCGGAUAUGGAUGUCACUUUUAGAGAUUCAAGUCUUAAAGGUCCAUUAUGGGAAGAAGUUUCCAGGAAAAUGGCUGAGCUGGGAUAUCACCGGACAGCGAAGAAGUGCAAAGAGAAGUUCGAAAAUGUAUUCAAAUACCACAAGAGAACAAAAGAAGGCCGAGCUUCAAAAGCCGACGGAAAGACGUAUCGUUUCUUUGAUCAAUUGGAGGCUUUGGAGACGAAUCCUUCCGCUUUACAGCUUCCUCCGACGCCGACGCCUCGCCCGCCGCCGUUGGCCUCCCCGAUGCAAAUGCAGCAGCCGCCGGUGGUGCAGGCGGCAGUUUCAAAUCCUCCGACAACAACAACAGCUCAUCACGGUACUGUUUCAUCCGCACCGCUCUCCCCAAAUCCUGUAAGUUUCGCUCAGAAUCUCGUUUCCCAAAAUGUUUCCAAUGCUACUCCCAACAAUAUUCCCGCACUCUCAUCAUUGCAACCGCCUCCGACGUCGGCGGCGGCCAACAACGCCGCCGCCAUCGGCAUGAAUCCUCCGCCACCUCUUCAGAAUGUGCACCACCACCAUUUCCCGCCGUCCCACCACAUGAAUGUGAUAUCGGGAAUGCUGUCGAACUCUUCGUCGUCGUCGACUUCCUCGGACGAGGAGAUCGGGAGGCGGCAUGGGAGGAAGAGGAAAUGGAAAGACUACUUCGAGAGGCUAAUGAAGGAUGUGAUCGUGAAGCAAGAGGAAUUGCAGAAGAAGUUUCUGGAAUCGCUGGAGAAGCGGGAGCGUGAUAGGAUGAUCAGGGAAGAAGCUUGGAGGGUACAAGAAAUGGCCAGGAUGAACCGGGAACACGAUCUCUUAGUCCAAGAAAGAUCCAUGGCCGCCGCCAAAGACGCGGCGGUGAUUGCAUUCUUGCAGAAGAUCACCGACCAGCAAAACCAACAGAAUCCGAAUCCAAUACAGCUUCCUGUCCAACUUCAGGUCUCUAAUAAUAAUAAUCAUCCUCCUCCUCCUCCUCCUCCGCUGUCAUCAUCAGCACCGCCGCCUCCGGCGGUGACGCCAGUUCAAAUGCCACCUCAGCAACAAAUAGUUCCGGUAUCCAUUCCUACACCACCACCACAGCAGACAAUUCAGGCAGCACCGAGAAACAUGGAGAUCACCACACCCAAAACGACGACGGAUAACGGGCUUCAGAAUUACGGGCAGCCGAGUUCGUCGCGGUGGCCGAAAUCGGAAGUUCAAGCUUUGAUCAAUCUACGGACCAAUCUAGACGUGAAGUAUCAGGAGAAUGGGCCGAAAGGGCCGCUGUGGGAGGAAAUAUCCGCGGGAAUGAGGAAGCUUGGGUACAACAGAAACGCCAAGAGAUGCAAAGAGAAGUGGGAAAACAUCAACAAGUACUUCAAGAAGGUGAAGGAAAGCAACAAAAAGAGACCCGAGGAUUCGAAGACGUGUCCCUAUUUCCACCAGCUAGAUGCUUUGUACAAGGAAAAGGCCAAAAUCGACACCCCCACCGGCGCCACCACCAGUACUACGUAUAACUUCGGCGGCGGCGCGAAUGUCGCCGCCUCCUCCAAGCCGGAGAGUUCAUCAAUGGCGGCGCCCAUCAUGGCUAGGCCGGAGCAGCAAUGGCCCCUUCAACAAGAAAACCAACAGCAAGCCCAACAACAGCAGGAUUCGGCGAUGGAGGAGGAUCCCGACAGCGAAAACAUGGACGAGAAUGAUCACGACGACGACGGGGACGACGAGGAUGAGGAGGAUGAAGGCGGAGGAUACGAAAUUGUGACGAACAAACAGCCCACUUCGGUGGCGGCAAACAGUUGAUCAGUUGUUAUUUUAUUUAUUUAAAGGCAAUAUAUUGAGCUGAUGAAGCCCAGAAAAAGAAAAGGGGAAGGGAAAGAGUACAAAUGAAAAGCGGCCGAGGUUAAAAGAAAAGGAAAUGAAACAGCAAUGGAGGGAGGGAAGAAAAAAAGGGACUGAGGAGGCAAUUUGGGAAGUGGGACAGAUUUUUGCAGGGAAAAAAUGUCAGAAAGGAUGAAAGGAUCAGUGGGACAGAAGAACGGUAGGCAUGAAACUUUGCAGGGAUGAUUAUCAUGGGGGUGGUGGGAACUAGGAAAAAUAUUUCAAAAAAAAAAAAAAUUGAAAACACAUAGGGGAAAAAGGAUGGUGUUUUUCUUCUUCUUUUUUUUUUCUUUCUUUUUUUUUGCGGUUUUUUUUUUAGUUAAUUUUGGGGGGUUGUUGUAAGGUAAAAGUGGGUUCCUUUGGUAUAUUUUUAUAAAUUUAUUUAUUGUUUUGAGAAAAUAAAUAAAAUGAGAGAGAGAGAGAGGAGAGAGACAAAUUCAAAAAAAGGAGAGAAGAGAGGAGAGUUUCAAUCAAAAAUUCCAAAAUAAUGAACAUAAGAAAAAAAGAGAGAGAGAAUAGUGAAUGAUGUAUUUAAAUUUUUCAUUUUGUUUAUUAUUGGGGGUGUAAUGUGGACAAAAUUCUUAAUUAAAUUAGUUGUUUUUUUUGUUUUUCUUCCAUUUAAUUAUCGUACCUUCCUUCACUUUUAAUUGUUGCUUUGCGGACUAAAGUACUCUUUGAUGUGUGUAAUCCUCAAGUGAUGCUGAAGCUAGUUAGAGUAGUGUACUAAUCAUCUUUUGUCCAUACAUAAGAUUUCUUUAUUAAAUUGCUUAAGCACUCUCUCCAUUUCAAAAUGUAAGUCUUUUUAGUCUCUACACUUAAACUAAGGAGACAAUCAUUUAAUGAUUAAUUUAUGUGUUAAAUGUUUAUUUUGUCCUUCAUUAAUUGUUUUGGAACUAUAACCAAAACUAGAUAAAAAGUAGUUAGCAUAAUUUAUUGGGGGCAAAGUCUUUAAUGUGCCUUGAAAUCUUAAAACGACCUACAUUUUGAAAUAUUUUUCCAAAGUUAAAACGACUUACACUUUAAAAUAGAGGGAGUAGCUUUUUUCAAACAGAUAUAAAUUUUAUUGAUUUAGUCUAGAUUCAUAUCGUUUUGUUUAUAUGCCAAAUGCUAUAAGCUAGAUCCAAAUAAUGUUUAUUUAUGGGUUUAUUUCAGAUCCCAAUGCUAAAUCUCAAGGUCUUAUAUACUAGUAAUUCGAAUUCCAAGAAAGCCUUUAGAAAAGAUUCCUUAUUUCGUAUUCAUUUUUUAUGCUCCUAUAUAGCUUACAUAGAAUUAAUGUUUAUAUAGCAAAUCAAAAUUGGUGUUUGAGCCUCC